AUGGAUCAAGAUAAGCAAGCAAAUGCUCAUGCAUCUGGUUGCCAAUCCAUCAUACCUGAAGGUUACUUGGGCAUGGAGCUGCUUAUACAGACAAGUGCUCAAAUUGAGUCUCUUCUUCUUGGCUAUAACCUAUAUGGUUAUGUCGAUGGCAAUCUCAAAUGUCCUUCAGCAUCUACUGCUACAUCAUCGACACCCGAUUCAACGGUUAGUGCUAUCUAUAUCCACUGGUUCUGUCAAGACAAACUUAUUUUGAGUGUCAUUCUUGCAUCGGUCUCUGAUGUUGUGAUACCUCUCAUAGCAACCUCGAAAACAUCCCAAGAUGCCUGGAGUAAGCUGACCAAACUUUAUACCAGCCAUUCCUACACUCGUGUCAUGCAGCUCAAGGAAGAGCUAACCCUCAUUCAGCAUGGUAGCCGCAACGUUACUGAGAUUUUACAAACUAUAAAAGCUCUUAUUGAUGAACUUGCACUUAUUGAUGCCCCAUUAUCUGAUGAUGAUAUCACCCUUUAUGUACUAAACGGUCUUGGCACUGAAUACCAAAACAUUGCUGCUCCGAUUCGAGCAAGGGAGUCCUCCCCGUCUUUCGAAGAGCUCCAUAAUCUGCUGGUAGGCAUUGAGUCCUAUUUAAAGCGCCUUGAAGCCUCCUCUCAAGCGUUGGUGGUCACUGCAAAUUCCACCUAG